UGAGGCCGCGAGCGAGAUCCGUAUAUGAGAUGUAAGAUCAGAGGAGACGGCUCCUCAUCCCACUCCCACGCGACGUGCUCCGCCGCCGUCGAGCUCCCCCUAGUACGCCACCUCGCUCCUCUCCUCUCCUCUCCGCUUCGCGCUUCACACCACCCAGCCGCCCGCGGGACAGCGGAGAUCGCGCGCGAUGGAGGACCGCAAGGACGUCGGGAUCCUCGCCAUCGACAUCUACUUCCCUCCGACCUGCGUCCAGCAGGAAGCUCUCGAAGCCCAUGAUGGAGCCAGCAAGGGUAAGUACACAAUUGGUCUUGGGCAGGACUGCAUGGCCUACUGCAGUGAGGUGGAAGAUGUUAUCUCUAUGAGCUUGACGGUUGUUGCAUCACUGCUGAAAAACUACAACAUUGAUGCCAAGUCAAUUGGCCGCCUGGAAGUUGGUAGUGAGACAGUGAUAGACAAAAGCAAAUCUAUCAAAACAUGGUUGAUGCAAAUUUUCGAGGAGAGUGGCAAUACUGACCUCGAAGGGGUCGACUCAAGUAAUGCAUGCUAUGGUGGAACAGCUGCCCUAUUGAAUUGUGUAAAUUGGGUGGAAAGUAAAUCCUGGGAUGGGCGCUACGGUCUUGUUGUUUGCACAGAUAGUGCGGUUUAUGCAGAAGGGCCAGCUCGUCCUACAGGUGGCGCUGCUGCUAUUGCAAUGCUCAUUGGUCCAAAUGCUCCUAUUUCCUUUGAAAGUAAAUAUAGGGCUUCACACAUGGCCCAUGUUUACGAUUUCUACAAGCCUGAUCUUGCAAGUGAAUAUCCGGUUGUUGAUGGAAAACUUUCUCAGACAUGCUAUCUGAUGGCUCUCGAUUCAUGCUACAGAAAAUAUUGUACCAAGUAUGAAAAGCUAGUGGGGGAACAAUUCUCAAUUUCUGAUGCAGAUUACUGUGUCUUCCAUUCUCCAUAUAAUAAGCUUGUACAAAAGAGUUUCGCCCGACUUUACUUCAAUGAUUUCAUGCGCAAUUGCAGCUCGGUUGAUAAUGAUGCUAAAGAGAAGCUUCAGCCUUUUGCAAAUUUGACUAGCGAGGAAAGCUACCAGAGUCGUGACUUGGAGAAGGCCUCUCAGCAAGUUGCAAAGCAUCUGUAUGACAUCAAAGUUCAACCAUCAACUUUACUUCCAAAACAGAUUGGUAAUAUGUACACUGCAUCUCUAUACGCUGCAUUGGCAUCUGUGAUCUACAACAAGCAUGACAGUCUGGGUGGCCAGCGGAUUCUCAUGUUUUCUUAUGGUAGUGGCUUGACAUCCACCAUGUUUUCGUUGAGACUACAUGAUGGUCAGCAUCCCUUUAGCUUAAAGAGCAUUGCUUCUGUUCUUGAUGUGACGACAAAGCUUGAGUCAAGACAUGCGACCUCACCCGAGAAGUUCAUCGAGUCAUUGAAGCUGAUGGAGCACCGCUAUGGAGCAAAAGAUUUUGAUACAAGCAAAGACACCAGCUUGUUGCCGCUAGGAACAUUCUAUCUUACAAAAGUUGAUUCUAUGUACAGGAGGUUCUAUGAGAAGAAAGCCGUCGAGGGAAAAAUCAAGGGCUGCAACGGUAUUGCAAACGGUCACUGAUUGGGUGCCAACAAUGCUGUGAGCUCACGCGCAUUAUUUAGCUAGUAUCUGUUCAGUUUGACGUAUCUAUUCUUAGAAUUCUCAGUCUAGCUAUCUUCCAAUAAUCCAUUGUUCCCAGCGUGUCCCUCAGCCUGUUUUUACAUUGAGCUGGACAAUAAAACCUUUGUGUAGUACUAGGUCCUACUAGUAUCCUUGUUUUACCUAGCUUUAAUUGUUUCAUUGUUAUUAGCU